UAAUGACCAAAUGAACACGAAUGCAAUAACAUUCUUUUAAGAAAUUUAAUAUUUUUUACCUAUUGCAGCAGUGUUAUUCUUACUCUUCUUUCAUGGUACAAGUCAGAACGUUGAAGGAGAUGACAACCCGUCAAGCAAUUCAGAUUUUCCGGAACCAGGGAGUUACCAAUUACCACCGUACGUAAGCAUGUACGAGGAAAUGUCAGGUAACUUUUCUAGUCCUUACUACCCAUCAGCUUACAUAGAAAACGAUGAGGAAGAAUAUCUCUUUAUAGCCCCAGAAAAUCACAUCAUUCAGUUUUCCUUCCCGACACCUCUUGACAUGGAAUAUUCAGACAAUUGCAAGUUCGAUAGAUUAGAGAUCAGAGAUGGUAGAUUUGGAUUCUCGCCACUUCUUGGAAGAUUCUGUGGUUCAGGACGUCCUAGGUCCUUCCGAACAACUGGAAGAUACGCCUGGGCAUAUUUUUUAGCCGAUACAAUGAUACAUGGAAAUGGCUUCCAUGCUUUCUAUGAAUUUAUUGAAACAGACGAUCAAUCUGUAUCCGAACUCCAAGAACCAGAUUGUGUAUUCUCAUUAUAUGAAAAAGACGGUAUUAUCUCUUCAUCAGAGGUCCACACCCUGUAUAAUAUGACAGGAUUCCCAAUUGAAGCAGACGGCGAACUCGAAUGCGUAUGGGAAAUAUUCCUACCAGAUUUUUAUAAGAUUCUAUUCAAAUUCGACGUGUUCAACCUUAGGAGACCUCACAGUUGCACCGAUAAUUCUAUAACACUGUACGAAAGAGUAAGCAGUGACGACAUCAGUUAUCAGAGAGUUCAAUACUGCAGUACGUCUGCGCCAUAUGUAGCUAUGAUAACAAAUCUGGCAUAUGUCAGAUUUAAAGCUAAGGGUGUCGGUAGACGAAGUUCGUUCAGGAUAAUAUAUACAGCGUACAGAGAUGCACCUUGUAAUGAAACGUUAACAUUUCCUUGUGACGAUGAAAUAUGUCUUGAUAAAGAGCUUGCAUGUAACGGAAUUGUCGAUUGUCUCAAACUACCAAGAGAUGAACAAAACUGUGACGCAGCCCAAAGCAAACACUUUUUUGAAAAGGUAGACACAAUGCUCGGCUGCAUGAUUGGGGUAAUCAGUGUCGUCAUUGUUAUUACACUCUGUUUUGUUUGUCGCCAUUCCGUUCUUAAAACUAGGAAAAAAGCUGUAUUGAGAGAAAAAGAGAGAAAGACUAACGAGCAAAACUUCCGAAAUACUAGUUUCCUAAUGGACACAGACGAAGACCCUAUUCCGGGAUCCAGGAGCCGCCAUCAGCAAGGAGACUAUUUUGCUUUGACCUCUAACCCCGUAUCCAACGGAAUUCAGACAGUUCAAAGUGCAUUCACAUACGAGACAAUGAAUGGUGAUCCUAUACCACGUGACAAUAAUCUUACGACUAUGAAAAAGAAAAUACCAAACAAAUCCACACAUCAAGUACAACUGCACGGUUCUGAUAAACCGCCUAGAUAUGAGACUCUAACCUAUGAACCGCCGAUAUGAGUCGAUUGUUGUCCAGCUAUAAUGAGAUAUAAAAUAACGAGGAAACCAAUAAUGAUUAGGUACCAUGGAGUAUGAUAAUGAUAUAGCUUUAUAACACGUGUCAUUCCUUUUUCUAAACUUGCAACCAAUGGGAGUAUUGCGUUGAAUAUCACAAAUUCAACCUAUCAUGACGGAUGAGAAAGUAACGGUGUCAUGGCACAUAAGACUCGGUUCACACUAGAUCCGAUUUGACGCAAAAAAAAACAGGCUACAUGAACGUUGCUUUUGUUCGAUGCGUUUUAAUUGCUCUAUGCGAACAUCCUCAACAAUUACUAAAAGUGCAUGAAGCAGGUAGGAAACGGAGGGACAAUAAAUUGAACACCAAAUGUACCUGGAAGAAGACAUACUGAUGCACUAAUUAUGACAUUACAGUUCGCCCUCCAAUUCGAGACCACCCUUGGGACCUGAAAAUUUGGGGUGGUCUCGGGGUUGGUCUCCAAUUAGAGGGCUAGCUUGGUGUUAAAAGGUUGAAGAUUGUUAUUUGGGUAUUUGGAAAAGUGGUCUCGAAUUGGAGGGUGCACUGUAUUAAUACUAUAAAUGUAUGAAUGUAUGUAUUAUCGAAAACAUCUCUCAUACGAAGGAAUACAUUCUUCCGGAGGUUAUGUAAUCUUAGGAAAUAUGCGGCGGUACGACUGUGGUACGACAAAUCGAACUCCGCUUCCUGUGAACGACGACGCCGUCUCCUGAUUGUCGAUGCCGUCUCCUGAUUGUCGAUGACAAUCCGAACGGAUCGUCAUUAAAACGAUCCGUUGGGCGUGCGUCGUGGUGUUGCGUUCUCCCUAGAGUCGCGUCGGCCGUCGACCGUGGGGAGCAGCGAGUCUCCGGUUUAAAAGAUGUAUAUUUUGAGAAACUGUCUGUCAUCUUGCAUUGUAUGGGGCAGCGUAUAGGGAUCGAAUGUUUAAACAACAAAAAUUAAAAGAAAAUUAGAUAUUUUAAAAAAUGUACAUAGAUUCUACAACGUACAGUGUAUAUAAUAAUACCAUAUAGUUGACCAUUUUUAUAAUUAAUAUUCGAGUUUUAAUAUUGAGUAAAAUUGGUCAAAAUCUAUUUUUCAGCACCCAAUUUUGUGGUUUUUGUUAUCUAUUGUAUUGUAUUUCGUAAGGCUAGAUGAAACAAAUAUAUGGCGGUGUAUCGCCAACGACGGCUAAAAUUACCCCCGACGCAGAUGGACGCUGUAACCAACACGUUACACGUGGGAGGGAUAGGGCUUUGAACAAGCUAAGCCGGCACAUGAGGUUAUUACAACGCUCAAUCAACUAGCAAAUGAUGAAGCGUAAGAUAGAUUUUGGUAUAUGCGGGCUAAUAGAUUUCGAUUAUGUCUUUUAUGCAAGACACAAGAAUGCAAUUGUAAUAAUAUAGGCCUACCGAAGUAAAUUUGGAACAAAAAUCCAUUAGUAAUUACUUAUUGUGAGUUAGCUAGGUAUAUGUGAAUAAGCAUAAGUAACUAUCAUCGUUUAUACGUCAGGCUGGCUAGAAUCAAGUGAAGUUUCAGCAAAUAAUUUAGUCCAGUUUAUUAUUAUUUAGGUCUAAGCCUAUAUAUUUUAUAUAUUUCUGUAAUCAAACAAAUAACAUAUUUUUUGCCAUAAAUGAGGUUUUAAAUAUUUAAUUUAAUCCAAAGGUAUAAUCAUUAUCAUUGUUAAAAUUUACUAAUCGAGUAAUGAAAAUGACAAAUGGGCAGUUCCGCUAAGCCCCGCCCCUUGGAUAUUGUUGUUAAGGUCACACAAAACGGCAGCUGUAACGAGUUUUGUAUGUCUUUGUGGGACAUGUGCGUCUUCCUCGUCUGAUGAAUAUACGUUCUGAUUCCUUAAUUGCUUGAUUAAAACUCACUGGAAAGGUCCAUUUCGAUAUACCGAAUAAAUAAAUGGGGAAACUAGAGUUCUUGUUACACGAUUAACAAUGUCAAAUACUAAUGUUGUAUUAUUUUUAGUAUUUAAGUUAGAAAUACAUUAAAGGAUAAAACAAGAAAUCAUA